GUCUCCAUCGGAAGUGUCAUCACGCCGUUUUUCUCGGCCAUCUUCAGUACUACAAGCUCUGAAAACAUAAAACACAACAUAAGUCAUUUAUUAUAAUAGUAUACUCGGAUUAUACCACCACUCUGAAGCCAGAACAUUUGUGAUGUCAGACUUCAUUGACAGCGAAGCGGAGGAGUCAGAGGAGGAGUUUGAAGAGAAGGACCUUAAACCUAGGAAGACUCAGAGGUUUCUAGAGGAAGAGGAUGAAGAAGAUGAUACGGUCAACCCAGAGGAGCAGGAUGAGCAUGGAAAUUUGCGUGGACUGAUUGAUGAUGGAGAUGAUGUUGAAGAGGAGGAGGAGGAAGCAGCGAAAGGUGAAAGCGCACCGGGAAGCGACUCUGAAGAGGAAGUGAGGCAUCGACGUAAAAAGCGCAGAACUGAUGAUGACUUGGAUGAUGAUGAUCUUGACCUAAUUGAGGAAAAUUUGGGAGUCAAAGUGAAAAGGAGAAAGAAGAAAUACGAUCGUGUAAAAACACUGGACGAUGACGAAGACGAUGACGAGAAGGACUUGAUCGAAAAUGAGAUCUUUGACAGGGAUGAUGAGCGUGAGCUGGAGGAAGGCGAGGCUAUUGAUGAACCUCUCCGACAUCCAGAAGAUGAGGAAGAAGGAGAGGAGGAGGAGUCAGAUAUUGACGAUUUUAUUGUGGAUGAUGAUGGCCAACCCAUCACCAAAAAGAGGGGCAAGAAGUUCUCAGGAUACACUGAUGCAGCCCUCCAGGAAGCUCAGGAGAUUUUUGGUGGCGACUAUGACUUUGCUGACUUUGACAUGGAUGCCUAUGAUCAGGGUGAGGAAGAGGAAGAAGAUCAAGAUGAAGAAGGCUGGGACCGGCCAAAAAAACAGACAAAGAGGAGGCUGGGAAGAAAGAGCAUCUUUGAGAUCUAUGAGCCCAGCGAGCUGGAAAGCAGUCAYAUGACCGACCAGGAUAACGAGAUCCGGACCACAGACAUGCCUGAGAGGUUCCAGUUGCGAUCCAUUCCUGUUAAACCUGCUGAGGAUGAUGAGCUGGAAGAAGAAGCAGAGUGGAUCUUCAGACACGGAUUCUCCACUCUGACCAUCUCUAUGCAGGAAAGCACAGAUUAUCUUGACAGAGGAACAACAACAAACUUCAGCAGGAAAGGGCCCAGCACCAUUGCAAAGAUCAAAGAGGCCCUCAACUUUAUGAGAAACCARCUGCUUGAGGUUCCAUUCAUAGCUUUUUACAGGAAAGAAUACGUGGAGCCAGAACUGAAUAUCAAUGAUCUGUGGAAGGUGUGGCAGUGGGAUGAAAAGUGGACUCAGCUGAAGACCAGGAAGCAGAACCUGACCCGUCUGUUUCAGAAGAUGCAGGCCUUYCAGUUUGAGCAGAUAUCUGCUGACCCAGAUAAACCUCUGGCUGACGGCAUUCGUCCUCUGGACACGGCUGACAUGGAGAGGCUGAAAGAUGUGCAGACUCUAGAAGAACUGGGUGACGUGUACCAUCACUUCCUGCUCUACUAUGGACGAGACAUUCCCAAAAUGCAAAACAGUGCAAAAGCCACCAAGAAGAAGCUCAAGAAGAUUAAAGAAGUUACUGAAGAUGGUGAAGAGGAAGAACUGGAAAUUGAGGUGGAGGAGGAGCAGAAAGGACCUGACCUGAAGUUGGCGUCUCGUAGAGAUAUGUACAGUAUCUGUCAAACCGUAGGACUUGAUGGCCUGGCUAAAAAAUUUGGAUUAACUCCCGAGCAGUUCGGAGAGAAUCUGAGAGACAGUUAYCAGCGUCACGAGACGGAGCAAUUCCCCGCAGAGCCGCUGGAGCUGGCAAAAGAUUACGUUUGCAGUCAGUUCCCGACUGCUGAGGCAGUGCUGGAAGGAACCAGGUACAUGGUGGCCAUGCAGAUUGCUCGGGAACCUCUGGUCAGACACGUUCUGCGUCAAACCUUCCAGGAGAGGGCCAAGAUCAACAUCAAACCUACAAAGAAAGGCAAAAAGGAGAUAGACGAGGCUCAUUUUGCCUAUUCCUUCAAGUAUCUUAAGAAUAAACCAGUAAAAGAGCUGAAUGGAGAUCAGUUUUUAAAGAUGUGCCUGGCAGAGGAGGAAGGCCUCCUUUCCAUUGAUAUCUGUAUAGAUCUAAUAGGUGUCAAAGGGUAUGCUGGAGACCAGACCUACUUUGACGAGAUCAAGCAGUUCUACUACAGAGACGAGUUCAGUCACCAAGUGCAGGAGUGGAACAGGCAGCGAACCUUGGCCAUAGAGAGAUCUCUCAAUCAAUCCCUUUACCCUCAGAUGGCCAAGGAGCUCAAAAGCAAACUGAUAACUGAGGCCAAAGAGAGCAUCAUUAAGGCUUGUUGUCGCCGGUUGUACAACUGGCUUAAAGUGGCUCCUUACAGACCAGAUCAGCAGGUGGAGGAAGAUGAUGACCUGAUGGAUGAGAGUCAGGGAAAGGGCAUACGAGUGUUAGGUGUUGCCUACGCACCCAGCAGAGACACACCAGUUUUCUGUGCUUUGGUCAACGGGGAUGGAGAGGUAUUGGACUUUAUUCGUUUGCCCUACUUCAUGAAGAGGAGGAACUCCUACAGAGAUGAAGAAAGAGAAAGAAAGGCACAUGACAUUGAAAAUCUGAAGAGGUUUCUCUCAAGCAAGAAACCACAUGUGGUAGCUGUAGCGGGGGRAAACCGAGAUGCUCAGAUGAUAAUGGAGGAUAUAAAGAGAACCAUCAGYGAGCUGGAACAGGAGUCGUCUCUUCCUGCUGUGGGAGUGGAACUGGUCGAUAACGAACUGGCUACGCUUUACAUGAACAGCAAGAAGUCUGAGACUGAUUUUAGGGAUUAUCCUCCAUUGCUGCGACAGGCUGUAUCUAUAGCCAGAAAGAUUCAGGAUCCUCUGAUAGAGUACGCUCAGGUCUGCAGCACCGACGAUGACAUCCUGUGUCUCAAAUUACACCCCCUGCAGGAACACGUGGUGAAAGAGGAUUUGCUCUGCGCUCUUUACUGUGAAUUUAUCAACCGGGUCAACGAGGUCGGCGUUGACGUGAACAGGGCCAUCUCCCAUCCUCACACUCAGAGUUUGGUCCAGUAUGUCUGUGGACUGGGACCAAGGAAGGGGGCCCACCUUCUCAAGAUUCUGAAGCAGAACAACACACGUCUUGAGAACAGAACACAGCUGGUCACAAUGUGUCACAUGGGUCCCAAAGUUUUUAUUAACUGUGCCGGUUUCAUCAAGAUCGACACAGCAUCACUUGGUGACAGCACGGACUCCUACAUAGAGGUACUGGAUGGUUCUCGUGUCCACCCGGAGACGUAUGAGUGGGCUCGUAAGAUGGCUGUCGAUGCCCUUGAGUAUGAUGAGUCUGCAGAAGACGCCAACCCAGCCGGAGCACUGGAGGAGAUCCUGGAAAACCCAGAGCGUCUUAAAGACCUGGACCUGGAUGCCUUUGCUGAGGAGCUUGAGAGACAGGGCUAUGGAAACAAGGGGAUUACACUUUAUGACAUCCGUGCUGAGCUGAGCUGCAGGUACAAAGACCUCAGAGUUCCUUACAGAGUCCCCAACACCGAGGAGGUCUUCAAUCUGCUCACCAAGGAAACUCCAGAAACCUUUUAUAUUGGUAAGCUCAUAACUAGCGUGGUAACUGGUGUGGCUCACCGGCGGCCUCAGGGAGAGUCUUACGACCAGGCCAUUAGGAAUGAUGCUACGGGCCUGUGGCAGUGUCCUUUCUGCCAGCAGGACAACUUCCCUGAACUGAGUGAGGUGUGGAAUCAUUUUGAYAGCGGCUUGUGUCCAGGUCAGGCCAUCGGGGUCAGGACCAGAUUAGAUAAUGGYGUCCAGGGAUUUAUUCCCACCAAGUUCCUCAGUGAUAAAGUGGUCAAACAUCCUGAUGAGAGGGUCAAGGUGGGCAUGACGGUUCACUGCCGCAUCAUGAAGAUCGACAUUGAGAAGUUCAACGUUGACCUCACGUGUCGAACCUCAGAUCUGGGAGACAAGGGCAACGAGUGGAAGCUUCCUAAAGACACCUACUACGACUUUGACACAGAGGCUGAGGACCAGAAAAAGGAGGAGGAGCUCAAAAAGAAACAACAGAGAACACCGUAUAUAAAGCGYGUGAUCGCCCACCCCAACUUCCACAAUAUCAGUUUUAGCCAAGCAGAGAAGAUGAUGGAGACUCUGGACCAGGGGGACCUCAUCAUCAGGCCCAGCAGCAAAGGAGAGAACCAUCUCACCGUCACCUGGAAAGUGGCUGACGGCAUCUAUCAGCAUGUAGACGUAAGAGAAGAAGGCAAAGAGAACGCCUUCAGUUUAGGCCACACUCUCUGGAUCAACAAUGAAGAAUUUGAGGAUCUGGAUGAAAUCACUGCUCGGUACAUUCAGCCAAUGGCCUCAUUCGCACGAGAUCUGCUCGGACACAAGUACUUCCAGGAAUGUAACGGAGGAAGCAAAGAGAAAAUGGAGGAGUUAUUAAUCAAGACAAAGAGGGAGAAGCCAACAUUCAUUCCUUACUUUAUUUCGGCGUGUAAAGAUCUGCCAGGAAAAUUCAUUUUGGGCUACCAGCCUCGUGGGAAACCUCGGAUCGAGUAUGUGACCAUCACCCCAGACGGUUUCCGCUACCGUUCACAGAUAUUCCCUACAGUGAACGGGCUCUUCCGKUGGUUCAAAGACCAUUAUCAAGAACCAGUGCCAGGCAUUACUCCUUCCAACAGCAGCCGAACAAGGACUCCUGCGUCCCUGAACGCAACUCCAGCCAAUAUAAACAUCGCAGACCUGACUCGAGCAGUCAACGCCCUCCCACGCAACAUGACGUCUCAGAUGUUCAACGCCAUCGCCGCAGUCACAGGCCAAAGCCAGAACCCCAACACCACCCCUGCACAGUGGGGCUCCAGCCAGUAUGGUUACAGCGGCAGCACAGGAGGAGGAGGAGGGAGCUCAUCUGCUUAUCAUGUGUUUGCCACACCUCAGCAGCCCAUGGCCACGCCCAUGAUGACACCCAGCUACUCCUUCACCACACCAAGCCAACAGGCCCUGGGCACGCCRCAGUAUCCAGGCUCCACCCCCCAGUCUUCACACGCUCACGCCCACCCACACCUGCCACAUCACAGCCAUCACAGUGCCCACAGCAGUCUUCAYGGUCACUCGUCCGGCACCCCAUCAUCCUCUACCUCAUCCAGAGGACGAACGCCACAACAACAGACACCACAGCAGCCACAGCCAAAGCCGAGCAGCAGCAACAGCAGCUCCUCUGCCGUGGACUGGGGGAAGAUGGCCGAGCAGUGGCUAAAAGAGAAAGAAGCCGAGGGCCGAAAGAAAACCCAGAGGAUGACGCCGCGACCGUCGCCCAGCCCCAUGAUCGAGAGCACACCCAUGUCGCUCGCCGGAGACGCCACGCCCCUGCUGGACGAAAUGGACCGAUAGGACACUGCUUCAUCCUUCACACUGCCUCACUCUGACUUUCCCCUCUCAAACCUCACAUCAGUGGGAACUCCUGGUAAAUGAAGCAUCAGUUUGGUGUUAAGCUCCACGUCUCCUCAUUUCUUUGUCCAUUUCAUCCUCGCCUCCAGCAAACUCACUCAGACUGCAAAGUAUUUUGUAUAGUUCAAACAGUACUCUUUACGUCAUGCAGAGAAACAGUACAGCAAUUUAAAUAAAGUACUUGAAGUAUCAGUUACAUAAUAGGAAAUGGACCUACUCAGACACUGACAGACGAGCUGUCCUUUCUUUGUUUUGUGAUGCUUUUGUGUUAUUUUUUUUUAAGUUUGACACAUGGAUCACUCAACCUUUCCUCUCAUUAUAUGGUCAUUCUAAAUUUGGUUACCACAUCAGGAAACGUAUCUAUUUAUUAUUAUUUUUUGUAUGGAGUUCGUCAGAACGAAUAAAAACUUUUAUUUUCAGUUUGAAACCUUGAGACUCCGCUCCUCACAUUUCUCCUAACAACAGGUGCAGCUGUACGACACCUGAACACCACCUCACACUGUAUUAUGAUCAGCUGACUGUAGAUAGCCUCCGGUGUAUUGUAGACCACGUGGACAUGAAUAACGUGUGCCACAUUAGACGCAGUGGGCUUUUUAAGACGUCGAGCAGAAAUAUAAAGCAUAAAGGUAGUUUAUUUUAAGAACUUCUAGCAACAAAUUCCCACUUGAUGAAAUACUUCAUUGUUAAGAAAACAUGAGUGUCAAACUGUGUGUUUUUUUAAGUACUCAGAUUUUCUUGUUUUUCCAUUCUAAGUGUUUGCAAUUCAGUGAAUCCUUCACAUCUGACAUGUUUGCUGUCUUGUAGGAAAUGACCUCAUCCACCACUGCUGUAGCUCAACUGAGACAGGAUCACUUUCUGACCAGCUGACAGGGUUUUUCGUGUCUUUGCAGCAGUAAAACGUUUCAGUGAACGGGUUUUAACACUACYAGAUCCUGUCAGACUGUUUAUAUUUUGAGCUCGGUGUAAUCUGCUUGCUUUUAUUUGCAUAAAACAUUAAAAAAAAUGUGAUUGUUCGCUCAUGCGUUCACCUUUAAUUCUUGCUGUGUCUCUGCCACGGUAGAAACAAGCAGCACUGCUGUUUAUUGGUGUGCUUUAACUUGCAGUGUGCGAAGCCUCACAGUCCCAUUAUAUGCAUCUUGUUUUAAAAUAAUUAUUGUUUUUAAAAUGUUUUACUUUUGCCAAGUUGAAAUAUUGCACCUGUCUCAGAACGCCUGAYUGGUUGUCAGCAGUAGUCGGCGAUGGUGGAGAAACGUCUGGUGCUGCUGAGGACCUUUUCUAUCUGUGAUCUCUUUAAUAAAAGUGUUCAUAGUAAA